UAGACAAACCAAAAUGUGACAACUACAUAACUGAACGGCAAUUGACUUCUUUAAAUGAACCCUGAAAUAUCACAACCUUGAAGAAUCAAAAGGAAAAACCCAUCAACAAUGCGAGGCCAACAAUCAGUAGAGACUCCGAUCGGAGUUUCAGCUAGUAUAGCUUGGGAUGCAUACCGUGGACUUCAGCUCGGAAGACUUGUCAGUGAACUUCUCGGUGAUGUUGUUGGUAAAGUCGAACUUCUAGAAGGCGAUGGAGGUGUCGGCACUAUUAUGAAACUUACAUUUCCUCCUGGAACUCCUGGGAUUGGUUAUAUGAAGGAAGUAUUUACAAUGAUGGAUGAUGAUAAGCGCGUGAAGGAAACAGAAAUGAUCGAAGGAGAUUUCAAGGAUAUGGGUUUCGAUGUUUAUCAUAUUCGGUUGGAGAUUAUCGAGAAAGAUGAUGAAUCGAGUGUUAUCCGAUCUACUAUAGAGUAUGAGAUUGAUGAUUCCAAACCCGAGCUUGCUUCUUUGGUCUCUACCAAGCCGCUUGAGCUUAUGGCAGAGACACUUGGGAAGCAUCUCAUUCAGAAGAAAUCAACCAAAUGAAGUCUGUGACGUCUACUUCCUCGAGAAGAUAAAUGUAUAUCUCGGAAACGCGAAAAUGGAAAAUAAUCAAAAUAAUGUAUCUUUUUAUAAGAAAUGUAUGAUUGGAUAAAUUUCCGUGCAACAUAUAAGAACAUUUGUAGUUGCUAUAUUAAACUUUAAAGUUGCGGCAAAAAGUCUUAUAUGUUCUGUUUUUUUGUAUCCAGCUGCUUUGUAUGGAAUAUCUACUUCUAUUUCGCACACAAA